AUGGCUCUAAACAAACUUUGUUUCUACGCACUUACAGCAUUGCUGGCUGUUAACUUUAUAUUCGCUGAAGAACAACCACAACAUGAGGAGAGGAGGUUCCCUUGGCCCAACCAUUUUAGUUUCUCGUUUGAGCGCGCACUAAACGCUUCUAAGGGUUUCUUUCCUGGUGGCUUAUUUAACAAUUCCAGGGAAUUCUUUCCACGUCGCCCAGAAUCCAAUGAUCCCCAAGGACCUCCCAGCCGCUCUCAAAGAUCCAUACGGUUCUCUGGAUGCAAUUUCAACGCUGAACCCGGUCUUUCAUGCCUGGACUGUACUACAGCAAGGUUAUGUUUACCAAAUAACGUGAGCAUCACCGCCAAUUGUGGUUUCCUUCUACCCAACUGCAAUGGUGGACGCUGUUCAGCUUCUCCAAGCUCGUCUUGCAAUAGUACACGGAGCAAUUAA